AUGACAACAACCGUUCCUAAAGUGUUUGCAUUCCAUGAAUUUGCAGGAGUAGCUGAAGCAGUUGCCGAUCAUGUUAUCCAUGCUCAAAACUCAGCCCUCAAGAAGGGAAGGGUCUCGAAAUCUAGACAGAUGUCUGGAACGAGCUUGAACGGAAACGGUAGCACAGAAUCUAAAACAAUGGAGAGAGUUAACUCUGUAAGGAGUAAUGCUUCUAGCCGUGGUGGUAAUGAAGACGGCGUUAUCAAGAAAAUAAAAAAGGAGAAAGAAAGGCGAUUCAAGAUUGCAUUGUCCGGUGGCUCGUUAAUCCAAGUGUUGCAUGAAGGAUUAUUGAAAAGAGACGAUGUUCAAUGGGGCAAAUGGGAUAUUUACUUCGCUGAUGAAAGAUUGGUGCCUUUCAGCUCCAGUGAAAGCAACUACGGACUGGCUAAGAGAGAAAUUUUCGAUUUGAUAAAUACAGAGAAGCACGGAACUCCGAGAAUUUAUCAUAUCGACGAGUCGCUCAUUAACGACCCUCAAGAAUGUGCAGAUAACUAUGAAAAAAUUUUAAUUAAGGGGUUUGCCGGUAGAGAUUCUGUGAAACUACCGAUGUUUGAUCUUUUUUUGCUUGGCUGUGCUCCUGACGGUCACAUAGCUUCAUUGUUUCCCAAUUUUCAAGAAAACUUACGUGAAAAUCUGGCGUGGGUUAUUCCUGUUGAAAGUGCCCCCAGUGGACCUUCGAAUAGAAUUUCACUAACUAUUCCCGUGAUUUGUCAUUCUCAUAGAGUUACUUUUGUUGUCGAAGGUGCCACGAAGGCGCCCGUAAUAAAGACAAUAAUGGAAAGACCUGAAAAGGGAUUGCCAAGUAGUAUUGUCAAUGAGGGCGCCGCUGGUCGUGUUUCGUGGUUUGUAGAUGACGACGCUUUGAAAGAUGUUUUUGUGACUAAAAAGAAGUAUAAGUUCUACGAUGACGACAAUUUAACCGAGUAA